UGACCUUGCUUUGCAUUGCCAUGUGAGCUCCCCAGGAGCUGGGGGAGGGGGCAGCAUUGCACAGAGGGUCCCCUGAUUUGCAAAACCCAAGCUGAAAGCAUGGGGAAAAAAAGCAAGAAGGAGAAGAAGGUGAAAGGGGCUGAGAAAACAGCUGCUAAGAUGGAGAAAAAAGUCUCCAAGAGAUCUAAGAAAGAGGAGGAGGAUCUUGAAGCCCUGAUAGCGGAGUUCCAGACAUUAGAUGCCAAAAAGACCCAGAUCAUUGAAACAUCCUGCCCUCCACCCUCUCCAAGGUUGAAUGCCUCCUUCUCUGCUCACCCCGAGAAAGACGAAUUGAUCCUUUUUGGAGGUGAAUAUUUCAAUGGCCAAAAAACCUACCUGUACAACGAGCUGUAUAUUUACAACAUCCGGAAGAACAGUUGGGCUAAAGUUGACGUCCCCAGCCCUCCUCCCCGGCGCUGUGCUCAUCAGGCGGCAGUGGUGCCCCAGGCUGGCGGGCAGCUCUGGGUAUUCGGAGGAGAGUUUGCUUCUCCCGAUGGGGAGCAGUUUUACCAUUACAAGGAUCUCUGGGUCCUGCAUUUGGCCACCAAAACUUGGGAGCAAAUCAAGGCAGCUGGCGGCCCCUCGGGGAGGAGCGGACAUCGAAUGGUUGCCUGCAAGAGGCAAUUAAUCGUCUUUGGAGGCUUCCACGAGAGCGCCAGAGACUACAUCUACUACAACGAUGUGUAUGCUUUCAACCUGGACACGUUCACGUGGAGCAAGCUGUCUCCCUCCGGCAUCGGCCCUGCCCCGAGGUCUGGCUGCCAAAUGUCUACCACUCCAGAAGGCAAUGUAAUCAUCUACGGUGGCUACUCCAAACAGAGAGUGAAGAAAGAUGUUGACAAGGGCACCCUUUGUGUGCUUUCUCUUUAUCCUCUCCUAGACAAGUGGGUUUGGAAUCGACUUAACCCUUCCGGAGUGAAACCCACGCCCAGGUCGGGCUUCUCGGCGGCGGUCGGCCCCAAUAACCGGUCCCUCCUGUUCGGAGGUGUCCACGAUGAGGAAGAGGAGGAGAGCAUCGAAGGAGACUUCUUCAACGAUGUUUAUUUCUACGAUAUGGGGAAGAAUCGCUGGUUUCCUGGACAGUUAAAGGGACCAAAAUCUGAGAGGAAGAAACGCAGGCGCGGGAGGAAGGCAGAGGCAGCGGAGGCGGCUGGAGGAGGAGAGUCUGAGGGCCAGCCCCCUCCGGCGCCCGUGGAGAUAGUCAAAGAGGUGGUUGCAGAGGAUGGGACUGUGAUGACAAUCAAGCAGAUGAUCCCUGCCGCCGGAGCAGAGCUGGAGAGGUCCGAGUCGGAAGAGGAGGAGGAGGAAGAAGAGGAAGAGGAGGGUGCCGGUGAUGAAGCCUCCGGCCAGCAAGUGGAGCCAUGCCCCCGGUCCAAUGCCAUGCUGGCGGUGAAGCAUGGCGUUCUCUAUGUGUAUGGGGGGAUGUUUGAGGUGGGAGACCGCCAGUUCACCCUCAGUGACCUCUACAGCAUCGACCUCCACAAGAUGGACGAGUGGAAGGUGCUGGUGGAGAUGGAUCCAAAAACUCAGGAGUGGCUGGAAGAAUCUGAGUCGGAUGAAGAAGGGGGCGACGUGGAAGGGGCCGAGGGAGGAGAUGAGGAGGAGGAGGGCUCUGAUGAAGAGAGUGAAGAUGAUGAAGAAGAGGAGCAGCACCCACCUGCCCAUCCAGAUGAGAAGUACACGGACUAUUUGCCCAGGACAGAACAGUACUGGAUUAAACUCGCCCGCAGGAACAUGGGCCCUGAGGCGAAGGAGAAGAAAGUAUUGAAGGUGGCACAUGCGAUGGCCAAGGCUUUCUAUGAGGGCUUGGUCUAGACGCACUCACUCCGGCAAAUGGGCAACGUGAGUGCGGAGGCGCCCCGGGGACAGCGGUGAGGCCAGCUCAACUUAGUCCGGUGUCCUUCACCAGUAAACCCGGCCAGAUCCAGGAGCACUCUUGUUCCUGCUGCUCCAGGCGAAUGCCCCUGUGCUCGUCUCAUUGCUAAUGGUGUAUUUCUGCUGUUAUUUCUGGGCAUCGUGGCCAGUGUGUUCAGGACCUCAUGCUACCGAGGCUUGAAGACACAACGUGGGAAUUUUUGUUGGAGCCGAGGUUAGCAGAGACAAGCUAUCCAUGAGAAUUUCCUAGACCCAAACCCUCCUCUCCGGUCCGAGGGCUAGGUUUGGUUUCUCUGAGUGCUUUUAUAAUAAAGUUCUUCAGUUAA